UUGGGUCGAGAUCCAUCAUCUAACACCCACAGGACACGGUCUGGUCUACUCAUUCACACAACGAGGUCACAUUCUCUCUCUCUCUCUCUACCUUUCUCUCUCUAAAACUCUCCUUCCAUCGAUCGAUUUGUGUAUACGACAUUGCGUGUUUUCCGAUCUCAAUUCUCUCGUUUCUUGCGAUUCUAUCUCCCUAAUUUCUGAAUCCACCUGUUCCUGUUCUUAUAGAUGCAUAAUCAUAUCCUUUCAAUCGUUUGAUCUGAGCUGUUAUUAUUGAUUCAUGAUUAGUUAAUUACAUCCGAUUAAACGAGAUUAUAGAUUAAUUAGCUGGAUUUGUUGAUUACUAAUUGAUUUCGUUGCAUUUUGGAUCUGUUUAGAUUGAAUUAUUUGAAUGUAAACGCUGGUUUUGAUGUACAUGUAAUCAUUUUUGUGAUUAUUAGUUAGUGAGAGAAACAAUUGUGGUUGUAUGAUUGAUAUUUAACUGGAAGAUUCAGAAUCUGGUGAGAAUUUAGGGUUUGGAAUUGGAGAAUUGAAAAAACUGUGGUUUUGGGGGGUGAAUUUGGAGAAUUAGGGUUACACAAACACGAAGGUUUUGGGGGGUGAAUUUGAAAGCGGUUGUCACGGAUUCGUUAAUCGAAAAUAGGGGGUUUGGUUGUGCCGCGGGACUGGAGUGCUUGUUGAAUAUUGUCAGGGCCCUACGGAUGGGGUCCUGCUUAUCGGGAGAAAGCAGGAGCCCUCACCCAAGCUCCCCGACAACGCCGAGUUUUGGGGUUAAGAAACGGAGAAACUCGAAGAGAAGAACGUCGAGGAGUUCUUCGUUUAAUACGCAUAGGGAAGAUCAUUUGCAUAGGAUUCCGGGGAGGAUGUUUCUGAAUGGGUCUAGUGAAGUUGCUUCGUUGUUUACUCAACAAGGCAAAAAGGGUACUAAUCAAGAUGCCAUGAUUGUUUGGGAGAAUUUCGGGUCAAGAUCAGACACGAUCUUCUGUGGUGUGUUUGACGGUCAUGGACCGUUUGGCCACAUGGUUGCUAAGAGAGUGAGGGACUCACUCCCCUUGAAAUUAAGUGCAAAUUGGGAAGUCAAUACAAAGGGCAGUAACGAUGUCCUUCGGGAGAUCACCCUUAGCGAAGAAACGAGCUUUAAUUCUGAGGAUUCCCAGGCUCUUUUAGACCUUGAAAUUAGUAAAAACCCUGAGAAAUUGCAAGUGUUAAAAGACUCGUUUUUGAAGGCUUUUAAAGUCAUGGAUAGGGAAUUAAGGAUGUAUGCUAAUAUUGACUGCUUUUGUAGCGGGACGACAGCUGUAACAUUGAUCAAACAGGGUCAGGAUCUUAUAAUUGGAAAUAUUGGGGACUCAAGAGCUAUAUUGUGCACUAAAGAUAAAAACAAUUCUCAUGUUGCAGUUCAGUUGACUGUGGAUCUUAAACCAAAUCUUCCAGCGGAAGCAGAACGGAUCCGUAAAUGCAGAGGUCGUGUUUUCGCCCUUCAUGAUGAACCUGAUGUCACUCGAGUUUGGCUACCUAAUAAUGACUCUCCGGGUUUAGCCAUGGCUCGUGCUUUUGGGGAUUUUUGCCUCAAAGAUUUUGGUCUCAUCUCUGUCCCUGAUAUCUUUUAUCGACGUUUAACCGAAGACGACCAGUUUGUUGUCUUGGCAAGUGACGGGAUUUGGGAUGUGCUCACAAACAAAGAAGUUGUAGACAUCGUAGCGUCUGCCGAGUCACGUUCAGGUGCAGCUCGAGCAGUGGUCGAGUCAGCAGUGCGUGCAUGGAGGUACAAAUACCCCACCUCAAAAGUUGACGACUGUGCAGUCGUUUGCCUUUUUCUUACACCACACUCAAAUAACAUCUCAACUGCUUCCACACUUGAUCAUGUUGACAAAAACGAGCCGAUCUUAAAACCUAGUGGUACAGUCCGAACCAGUGACGGGGUUCCAGGAGAUGACGAUUUGGCGGAUGACAACGUAGAUGAGGAGGAUCCGGCAACUGUGAAUGGCGACGGUGGGAUAGACUGGUCCGCCCUUGAAGGCGUGUCUCGUGUCAAUACAUUGUUAAAUUUGCCGCGCUUUGAGCCGAAUGAGUCCGAGAAACAAACACCGGAACAGAAGAAGACGAAUUGAGGUCAGGUUUCGGUUGCAAUUUUUGUGUUGUUUUGUUAGUCGCUUUUAUUGUUUUUGAUUUGUUUGAAAGAAAAAAAAAAAACAAAGCCUCGACUUUAUUAGAGUGUUGGGGGAAAAAUGUUAAUUUAGUGAGACAAUUCUCUUUGGGUAUAUUUUACUACAAUUUUUGUUAUAUGUUAAAAUGAAACAAUAUGUAAUGUGAGUUUUUAUUUAUUCCAUCGUUUGAUUUUAUGCUGUAA